AUGCAAGCUGCCAAUCGCCUCCGGACUGCGCUUCAAACAGGCAAAGGCGUGUCGUUUGGCGCAUGGCAAAUGCUUCCAGGCGCCAACCAUUCACGGAUCAUGGCCAGGAGCGGCUUUGAUUGGAUCUGUGUCGACACGGAGCACGGAAACAUUGCAGAUGACCAAAUGCACGAAGCCGUGGCUGCAAUUGCCGCUACGGGUGUCAGUCCCGUCGUGCGAAUUGCUGCUAACGAGUCGUGGAUGGUUAAGCGUGCCUUGGACGCAGGAGCCCACGGAAUUCUUGUCCCUCUCCUCCACACCGUAGACGAUGCAAGGAAACUAGUGGAAUCGGCCAAGUUUCCUCCCUUGGGCAGAAGAGGGUUUGGAAGCCCAUUUUCCAUGGGCUCAUUUGGGAAUCUUACUCAAACGGACUAUUUGCUUCAGGCAAAUGAGGCCUUGGUUACAAUUGUUCAAAUAGAAACCAAGGAGGCUUUUGAAAAUGUUGAGGAAAUCGCCAAAGUUCCAGGAGUAGACGUGUUGUUGGUUGGUCCGUGGGACCUGGGAAACAAUAUUAGUCGGCCUGUUAUGGGUGAUUUCCAUCCUGACUUGGUGGCUGCAAUUGAAAGAAUUCGCAAGGCAGCCGUCGACAACGGUAAGAAGGCUGGAAUUUACAGCGCAGAUGGCGAUUCCGCAAGCAAGUACGCAGAGCAAGGGUUUCACAUGAUAUCUGUGAUUUCCGACGUCGCUGCUCUUCCUGCCCAUCUGUCGAACUCGCUAAAUACUGCUCGGGCGGGCUUAUAA